GUAGAAAUCGGCUUCACCAUCCCGUCCGACGCCGUCGGGCCGUGCUCGCUGAUGCUCAACCUCCCGGCGGGCGUCGCGCAGGUCAGCGGCAGCGUUCAAGUCAACGUAGUCGCGCUGGACGGGCCGUCGGCGGGUUCGCUCGUCGGCACCACCACGUUCGCCGACGGCGCCGUCGCCACCAUCAACAGCUUCGCCUGCCGCCCGCAGAUGUGUUACUCGCUUGAGAUUGCG